GCAGACUCGCCCGCGACGCGCCGCGACUAGCGGGGGCACAGGCCGGAAGCGCCCUCCAGGCCCGCCCCCUUUCCGCCGGAGCCGGAAGUUGCAGACCCCAGCGGCUACUUCGCCCUCCGCGCGCCGCUCCCCAACAUGCUUCGCGCUCCCACUCGCCUCCACCGCGGCCCCAGUCGCCUCUUCGGCCCCCACGUAAUACCCGCCGCGGCCCUGGCUGUGGCGCUGCUCUCGUCGCUCUCGGGCUGCUCCCUCCUGGAGCGGGAGGAUUCGGUGGUCUCGGCGCUAAGCUCCUACUUCGGCACCAAGACUCGCUACGAGGAUGCCAACCCCGGGCUGCUGCCGGACCCCGAGGCGCCGCGGCGGGAUCCGGAGCUGCUGGAGGACACCUGCACCCCCGUGCAGCUGGUGGCCCUCAUCCGCCACGGCACCCGCUACCCCACGGCCAAGCAGAUCCGCAAGCUGCGCCAGCUGCACGACCUGCUGCAGACCCGUAGGCCCGGGGAGCACAGGCCUGCCGCUGCGGACGGCCGCAACCUGGGCGCCGCGCUGGCCGACUGGCCGCUCUGGUACGCGGACUGGAUGGACGGGCAGCUGGUGGAGAAGGGACGGCAGGACAUGAGACAGCUGGCGCUUCGCCUGGCCUCACUCUUCCCGGCCCUCUUCAGCCGCGAGAACUACGGCCGCCUGCGGCUUAUCACCAGCUCCAAGCACCGCUGUGUGGACAGCGGCGCCGCCUUCCUUCAGGGGCUGUGGCAGCACUACCACCCUGGGUUGCCGCCGCCGGACGUCGCAGAUAUGGAGUGUGGACCUCCAAGAAUUAAUGAUAAACUAAUGAGGUUCUUUGAUCAUUGUGAGAAAUUUUUAACUGAAGUGGAAAAGAAUGCUACAGCUCUUUAUCAUGUUGAAGCCUUUAAAACUGGACCAGAAAUGCAGAAAAUUUUAAAUAAAGUUGCAGCUACUUUGCAAGUACCUGUCAACAAUUUAAAUGCAGAUUUAAUUCAAGUAGCUUUCUUCACCUGUUCAUUUGAUCUGGCAAUUAAAGGUAUUAAAUCUCCUUGGUGUGAUGUUUUUGACAUAGAUGAUGCAAAGGUAUUAGAAUAUUUAAAUGAUCUGAAACAGUAUUGGAAAAGAGGAUAUGGGUAUACUAUUAAUAGUCGAUCCAGCUGUACCCUAUUUCAGGAGAUCUUUCAGCACAUGGACAAAGCAGUUGAGCAGAAACAAAGGUCACAGCCAGUUUCUUCUCCAGUCAUUCUCCAGUUUGGACAUGCAGAAACCCUUCUUCCACUGCUUUCUCUCAUGGGCUACUUCAAAGACAAGGAGCCCCUAACAGCUUUCAAUUACAAGGAACAAAUGCAUCGAAAGUUCCGAAGUGGUCACAUUGUGCCCUAUGCCUCCAACCUAAUAUUUGUUCUUUAUCAUUGUAAAAAUGCUAAGAAUACUAAGGAAGAAUUCCAAGUUCAGAUGUUAUUGAAUGAGAAAGUGUUACCAUUGGCUCACUCACAAGAAACUGUUUCUUUGUACGAAGAUCUGAAGAACCACUACAAGGACAUUCUUCAGAGUUGUCAUACGACUGAAGAAUGUGAAUCACCAAAGGUGAACAAUACAUCUGAUGAGCUAUGAGUAACUGGAAAACAUUUUAAUUCAUUAGGAAUCUAUGGGAAUGAUUACAUGCUUGGAAUAAGUGCGUAGUCUUGGAUACAGAGAGCUUUCACAUUUCUUGGGUAUGUCUGUCUUUUUCACGGAAAAACGUUGAGUUGUAUUUUGGAUCUGGACAUGGAUGUGUAAGAAAUGAUUCUUAUCUGGAGCAGCACUCCCAAGGAGGGACAUCUGUUCGAAGAAAUUUGGUGACACUGAAGAUGUUUACAGAAAUUAAAUUCUUCUAAUUUAUAUAAGCAGUCUGACACAGAGACAAAGAAUAUGAUUUCAGUUUACUGGAAAGUGCUCGAGUAACAAACAUUAUGGACAUUCCAUAACUUGGUUGAACUAAGUCAUAGACCUUUACCAGUCGUGCUGCAGUACACUCUUUUAAUCAGACAUACUGUGAUGCCCUAUGGAAGUAUCACUUUGGAAGAAAGCGAAUAUUCUCUAGGUGAGAAUUUGAAACUGUAUUAAGAAACAAUGACUGAUUUUUAAGGACACCAUCACUGACCAGAAAGUAUAAUGAAUAUUUUUAGUAAUAGUAUUUAUAUAUUAUUUGAAUGCUUUUUGAUAAUUCCUUUACACUUCCUACUGUCUUUACAAGGUCAUUGUUCAAUUAUCAUACCUGUUUUACAUACAUAAUAGUGGAAAGAACAAAGAAGCAAGAAGUGGGAUGGAUUUGAAGUUUCUUAAAUACAUUGCUUAGCAACUUUUCCCAUUAUCAUUUUGUUUCUACUCUUUACAUUUUGUUAUAUGAAAUGUAUCUUUGGUUGUUUAAUGUCUUUCCUUUUUUGGAAUAAAGACUAGUCCUGAGUGGCUAAGUUUUACAUCUAUUAACUUACUUCAUGAUGCCACGAAAGUGUUAUAAUAAUAAACAGAGUUCUUGUGACAUUACUAGAUGUCCAUGUUCUCCAUACCAAUGUAGAUCAAUAAGUGACAGUUAAAGUCUGUAAUUUCAAGCAGUUCUGACUAACUUGGAUGCUAUAAGACACUUGUAAAUUUCACCAAAUAAAUUUUAACUUCUUAAAGAAAAAGAAAGUUUACUUUAUUGAAAGCCAAAAAGAGGUAUCUAAUUAUGCUGACAUUAUAAAAGAAGAUGCAUAGAUCAUUGCUGUUGAUCAUUGAUCUUAAAUGCAUAAAAUACAUGAUUAGUUAGUAAAUAGUUGAUGUGUCAGUACACAUUUUCCUACAAAAUUCUGGGUUUAUAAUUUGAAAAUUUGAGAAUAAUGAACCUUUAUGCACAUCAUCCUGUUUUAGCAGAAUAAAUUUAAUUUGAUUUAGAGCCAAAUAGGAACAAGUGUGGAUUUCUGGUCCAUCAGGUAUGUCUGCCUGAUGUUAAACUGUCUUCACUCCUUGUCUAGAGGUAACCACUGACGUAAAAGUCAGUUGCCAUUGCUUGACUCUGCAUGCUUGACUCUGGAAACUUGUGGCUUUGUGGAAUAAAAAAUUUUUUCUAUAAAAGACUUAUUUUAAUUUUUGUAUUUGUGUUUCAAGACUUUUUUUCAUUCUGAUUGUCAUGAAUUAAUACUAUCAACUCAA